UUCUGAAAACAUCAAAUAGUAGUAGUCUCUGGGUAUUACAAACAAAACCUAAGAAUUGCUUCUGGAAAUGGCCUCUCCUUUUCCAAUGGCACUGUGUGCCUUGGCAAUCUGUUUGUUAGCUACACAUGUAGCAGCUGACUACAAGCCUUACAUUUAUGCUUCUCCACCACCGCCGCCUUAUUUAUACAUGUCCCCGCCGCCACCAUCACCCUACUAUUAUAAGUCACCGCCACCGCCGUCGCCCCCACCUCCACCUCCUCCUUACUACUACAAAUCACCACCUCCUCCAUCUCCAUCACCACCACCUCCAUACUACUACAAAUCCCCUCCUCCCCCUUCACCUUCUCCUCCACCUCCAUACUAUUAUAAGUCCCCUCCACCUCCAUCUCCCUCGCCGCCACCUCCUUAUUACUAUAAGUCACCACCCCCACCAUCUCCAUCACCUCCUCCUCCUUACUACUACAAAUCACCUCCUCCACCUUCCCCAUCACCACCACCUCCGUAUGUCUACAAAUCCCCACCACCACCAUCCCCAUUACCUCCACCACCUUAUGUGUACAAGUCUCCACCACCUCCAUCACCAUCACCUCCCCCUCCAUACAUGUACAAAUCACCACCACCACCUUCACCUUCACCACCUCCGUCGUACUACUACAAGUCCCCACCACCACCAUCUCCAUCACCCCCACCUGCUUACAUCUACAAGUCUCCACCACCACCAUCACCAUCUCCUCCACCUCCCUACUAUUACAAGUCCCCACCUCCACCAUCACCUUCACCUCCACCACCGUAUUACUACAAGUCUCCACCCCCACCAUCUCCGUCACCUCCUCCACCAUACUAUUACAAGUCUCCUCCACCUCCGUCCCCAUCACCACCACAUCCCUACUACUACAAGUCACCACCUCCUCCACCUCCUAUUGUUUACUAAAGAAGUCACUACAAGUGAUCGACUCAUGUCAUAGGUUAAUGGAAAAUGUAAUUGCUAUAAGAAGGAAAAGGAUACUAUGCUGGGGUUCAUUGAGCUUAACAAUGACAUGCGACAGGAGAAUAAAGAGGGCUCAAACAAUCCAUAUGUUUCAAAUUUUUGCUUUUUUGAAAAUUUCAUGUUGCAAUCAUGUAUUCAGAUACACUUUAUGUGUUUUCUUAUAUGUUCAAUCAAUGUAUGUCUAGAUGUUGAUACACUUGAGAUAAUCACCCUUUUAAUGAUUCAAUGGUAAAAUCUUAAUCUAAUAA